CCAUUCUGCAAUCAACCUCAAAAAUACCAAAAAGUUACCAUCCUUUGAUGUGGGUUUCAUCAUGGUCCUUACAAUUAUUUGUACACUUGCUUUCGCUUCCCUGAUAGUCGCCUUUGUUUUCAGGUCUCUUACAAAAGCUAGGACACUUCAAUUUCAACAGCUAGAGGUUGAAAGAGCCCUUUUCAAGUAUGAGAAUUUUCUGUUUCUCAACAUGACUCAACACAAAGUAAUUUUCGAAGCAAUAAAGAAACAACGCAUAUUGAGCCAACUGCCAAAAACUGUUUUGCCUGUGGGAAGCAUGUUUGAGGGCUCUCACAUUGCUGAGUGUACAGAUGAUGGAAGAAUUAUACAGGAGAUGGAUUUUAUGCUUAUCUUGCCAGAUGUCAUUGCUGCUGAAGGAGACAGUGAACCACUGAAAUGUGUUUCCGUAGAAGGACGUAAUCCAGGUUAUGUCAAUUUGAAAGUAUUAGAUGCUACUCACAUCUCAAUACAAGACACACCAGCACUAAGAGAUCUGGUGGAUCCAUUCACAAAGCUUUAUGAAAUAUAUAAUGAAGAACUUUUCCUUUCUCACAAAUUUGUCAGGAUGUUUGAGCGAAGAGUUGGGUAUGCAGUGAUAAAUACGAUGGGAACAAAAUUCAACCCAUCCCAAGGCAUUGAGCUUGGAAUGAAACGCAAAAGUGUAAAGGAUUUUUAUCCGGUUAUGACCAUUUUCCUUAAAGAGCCUAUCCACUGCUUGAUUUGGCCUGAUUCUGAAGCUUGGCCAGACACAGCAGUAGGGGCACUUUUUGACACACUGUCAGCCAUCCAGGAUUCACAGAGUAGCCUCUCUUGGGAAAAUCAGAUUAUUGACAUAGCACCUGCUAUACUCUGUCAAGUUCCAACAGAUAUCAAAGAUGCCUGGCUGAGAAGAAGAAGAUACUGGCCUGAUCAAGGACUAGUGAAGAAAAUCUCAAGUCUUCACUGUUACUUGCUCGCAAAACCCCAUCCUUAUACCACAAAUAAGCUGUUAGAGUGGCGAUUUAGCUUCAGCUCAGCUGAGCUGCUUCUCAGUUCUGCUAUAACACCAUGGCAGAAACAAGUGCUCAUGGUAGUUAAAGCUUUACGAAGGAAAUACUUGCAAGAACCAAAGCUUGUUGCCUCAUAUCACUUGAAAACUGUUAUGUUUUGGGUUCUAGAGUCAAUGCCAGAACAAAUAAGAGAAUCUUGCAGUAGAGCUGUAUUACUGCAAAGACUUAUUGAUAAACUUCUGUCAUGUCUGAAAGCCAAAAAUUUACCUCACUUUUUCAUCCCAGAAAAUAAUAUGUUUAGUCACUGCGAAGAUGGAGACAUUCUUACAGUUCUUUCCAAAGUUCAAAGAAUGAGAGAAAAUUUGCCACUGUAUCUAACAGAAGACUUAUUCAUAGCUGCUGUUACAGAGGAAAGAGAAGAGAAAGAAUUUGAAGAAACUUAUUGGGGAUUUACCUAAUAAACCCUUCACAGUUAUUGGCUCAUAAUUUCUCCCUAAUGUGCCACACUUGAAUCAAACAUAAAGGCCUUGAGAAUAAUGGAAAUGAUUACCAAUUUGAGAAGCUUCUGAUCAUCACAUACAUUCUCCUGCUCAUCACCAUAGGAGACAUAGGGAAGACGGUAUGGAGAAUAUGAAAGAGGGGGGUUUGGGAUUUUCGGUUUUGCA